GAUGAUGGCUUGUUUACGAAGUCCGCGGUACCUGCCAAGAGGACUGGGAUUGCAAGGAUAUAUGUUGGAAACUCAUGAAUAUUGCCCGAGUGGGCGAAGUUCAGAAUCUCGUGUUCCUAUCCCGAAGUACUUUUAAUAGUUUCCCGCCUUAAUCCUACCUUAUCCUAGAUGAGUAUCUGAUUUUCGUGCAUUUUACUACAUUUACUUCACUCAAUCCUCUUUCAUUCUUAAUCCCACCAUCCGCCUCAGCUUCUUAAACAACAGACAUUCGUUUUUCCGUUACAUCUUAAUUGUUCAUACAAAUCUUGUCCUUCGUUCGUGACAAUCUAAUCAACACUCGCUCAACUACUAUUACCAAUUUUUAAUUCUCCCAAAACAAAACACAAUACCUUUACAAUGGCUCGUUACGCUCUCGCUUUCACUGCGCUCUUCGCAAUUGCUCAAGCUAUCAACAUCACCUCCCCAUCCACCAACGGAGAAUGGGAUCUCAGCGAUGGUGCUCAAACUAUCACCUGGACUUCAGUCUCUACUGAUCCCCAAACCGUCGAUAUCUACCUCGUCCACAUGGCAUCGAACCCACCUCUCAGUGAUGUUCUCUUCACCAACGUUGACAUCAGCAAGGGAUCCGAGAGUGUUUCCGGUCUCCAAUUGCCAACCGGUGGCAACUACCAGAUCAACUUCGUCAGCCCAGGAAAGGCGGAGCAAAUUUUGGCUCAAUCCCAACAAUUCACCGUCAAUGGAGUAGCCUCCAGCGCAAGCAGCACUCUUGCAGGUUACACUGGUGCGUCCUCUACUUCCUCUUCAGCUUCUUCUACCUCUUCAUCAUCAUCCUCCUCCUCCUCCUCCUCGAGUGCAAGCUCGAGCAGUUCGAGUUCUCUUGCCUCCACCACUGGAACCAGCUCUCUAACCUCGAGCUCAGGAUCCGCUUCUUCCACCACCUCUACCGCUACUUCCACCUUCACCUCUACCGGUUCAUCCACCACCGUUACCGGUACCACCACCUCCACUGGAACUGGCUUGGUUACCUCUGCUUCCGCUGCUAGCCAAACCUCCUCCGGCUCUUCCUCCUCCAGCUCCAGCUCCAGCGCCAGUGCAUCUGGUAACGGAGCUGCCGCCACCGGUAUCCCAAUGGUCGGUCUUUUGGCUGGUGCCGCUGCUCUUUUCUUGUAAGAGAUUUUGGUCAAUUGAGGGAUGAGUGGAGAAGGAUGAUUACAGAGUCGAUGGUGUAAUGAUGGAUAUCGCAGGAUAGGGGUUGGAGGGUUACUUUUGGAAUUUGUAUUUUGGUUUUGAGUAUUUUGGUCACAUUUACUUCGAGAAUAUCUUGUCAAAAAAGUGAAUGCGUCGUUGAGAUUUUAUUCUGUACGAUAAGACGUAUAUGAACGAGAACAGCUAUAGAUUACUUUUCACGAAUAUAUUCGUGUAAUGGAUUGGGAGAAUAUUAAUAUUUGGUAAACUUAUUCUAUCUAUCUUUCCA